GACAACAUCUUGACUCUCGACCUCCUCGACCUCCUCUCGUCUUUCAUUCCUUCCUUUCGUAACCCACUUGAUAGACACUAACUGCCGUACCGUCUUUCUCUCAUUACAUCGGCUUGAUCAUAGAUAUGGCUGGAAAACGCGCUGCUGAAGCUGCCCCAGAGAGCUCGUUUCCCUUCAAACGAAAGCGCAAGAACGCUGAAGAUGAUGAUGACUACGUCCAAGUGGACAACGACGAUGAAUAUACCCCUGGUGGAAGCUCUUCUUUCUCUCGUCCUGCUAAAAUAAAUGUCAGCGCCCUCACCCGCAAACUCGCUCAGACGAGACACCCGAAUGAUGUUGGAGAUGAAAUUAACGAAUCUUCUCUUGUUGCUCACCGUCAGCAACAAGACAACCUUGUCUCCCAUAUAUUUAUGGAUCAGGACUUUUCAUGGCUGCAUUUGAAACCCGAUCAUGCUGCUCGGCCACUUUGGAUCGGCCCCGAUGAUGGACACAUCAUACUUGAAGCAUUCUCUCCUAUCGCUGAACAGGCACAAGACUUCCUAGUAGCUAUCAGCGAGCCUGUCAGCAGACCUGCUUUCAUUCACGAGUACAAGCUCACUUCCUACUCGCUAUACGCCGCGGUUUCGGUCGGUCUUCAGACAGAGGAUAUAAUAGAAGUGUUGAACCGACUGUCAAAGGUUCCGGUGCCUGAUAGCAUAGUGGAAUUCAUCCGCGAACGAACAUUGUCAUAUGGCAAGGUCAAACUCGUGCUGAAGCACAAUAAAUACUUCGUCGAGUCGUCGCAUCCAGAGACGCUACAAUACCUCCUCAAAGACAGUGUCAUCCGUGAAGCUCGUGUGCACACUCAGCAAGUCGAUAACAGCAUUAAGGCGGCCACUUUCACGACUUCCAAAGCCCCUGUUAAGGGGGCUCUUGUGAUCCCUGGCACACGGGAGGCAGAGAAAAAGAAGGAUGAGACUGUCAGCGGAAAGUCGACAGCGCCGAGUGCUGCAGCCUCAAAGGACGCGGAGCUAUUUACCUCCGUAGUAGGGGUUGAUGCCGAUGAGGUCGAUGAGGACGACGAGAACGUACAUGCGUUCGAGAUCGAUGAUGCCAAAGUAGACGAGGUCAAGAAGCGAUGUAGCGAUCUCCAGUACCCUAUGCUGGAGGAGUAUGACUUCCGAAACGACACGGUGAACGCCAAUCUCGAUAUCGACCUGAAACCGUCUACCGUCAUCCGGCCUUAUCAAGAGACGAGUUUAAGCAAGAUGUUUGGCAAUGGGCGUGCUCGCUCGGGGAUUAUUGUAUUGCCCUGUGGCGCAGGCAAAACGCUGGUGGGGAUAACAGCAGCAUGCACGAUUAAGAAGUCAUGCCUUGUCCUGUGCACUUCAUCCGUAUCUGUCAUGCAGUGGAGACAACAAUUUAUGCAGUGGUCCAAUGUGACGGACAAACAGAUUGCGGUAUUUACUGCGGACCAGAAAGAGAAGUUCGCCGGAGACAGUGGUAUCGUCGUCUCAACCUACUCAAUGGUUGCCAAUACCCACAACCGGUCUCAUGAAUCGAAGAAGAUGAUGGAGUUCCUGACGUCUCGAGAAUGGGGCUUCAUCCUUCUCGACGAGGUCCAUGUCGUCCCCGCGGCAAUGUUCCGUCGCGUCGUGACAACCAUUAAGGCCCAUUCAAAGCUAGGUCUCACUGCGACACUGGUUCGAGAGGAUGACAAGAUCGCAGAUCUCAACUACAUGAUUGGACCAAAGUUGUACGAAGCUAACUGGAUGGAUCUCGCGGCGAAGGGUCAUAUCGCUAACGUGCAGUGCGCGGAGGUCUGGUGUCCAAUGACCCCUGAAUUCUAUCGUGAAUACCUUCGAGAACAGUCACGAAAACGGAUGCUAUUGUACUGCAUGAACCCCCGCAAGUUCCAAGCUUGUCAGUUCUUGAUAAAAUAUCACGAAGACAGGGGUGACAAGAUAAUUGUGUUCUCGGACAACGUUUAUGCUCUUGAGGCCUACGCAAGAAAAUUAGGCAAACUGUACAUUCACGGUGGGACGAGCCAGGUCGAGCGCAUGCGAAUUCUGCAAAACUUCCAGCACAAUCCGGCGGUGAAUACCAUUUUUCUGUCGAAGGUGAGUCGUCGGAGAUACGUCCAUUGACUUGCCAGAGGCGACAUGUUUGAUCCAAAUAUCGUCUCACUUUGGCUCUCGAAGGCAAGAAGCCCAGAGACUAGGGCGAAUUCUCCGGGCCAAGCGGAGAAAUGAUGAAGGGUUCAAUGCCUUUUUUUAUUCCCUUGUUUCAAAGGACACGCAGGAGAUGUUCUACAGUACGAAACGCCAGCAAUUCCUCAUAGAUCAGGGCUACGCUUUCAAGGUGAUUACUCAUCUGGACGGGCUCGAGGAACUUCCGGACCUGGUCUAUAAGACACGCGAUGAGCAGAUAGAGCUCAUCUCGUCCGUCCUCCUCGCGAGCGAGAGCGAAGCAGACCUUGGAACCGACGUUCGGGCAGGUGAAGGUGAUCUACCGGGAACCAUCACGUCUAAAGAUUUCGGGGCAAACAAGUUCCCAGCAGUGGAUCGCACGACAGGUUCACUCUCAGCACUCAGCGGUGGUCAACACAUGUCUUAUAUCGAGCAAAACAAGUCUGCAAACAAGAAAUUGGCUCGAGAGGUGGCACCUAGACACAAGUUGUUUGCUAAAAGAGACAAGGAUAUGGCUACGGCCCGCAGGGAAGCUCGGACGGGUCGUGGGUGAGAAGUUGUUUGUGUAAGGGUUUGACAGGAGGUGGAGCUCGGAGGCACUAUAGCUCCUUCCGUUCACUCAUUGUAUAGCGGAACUUAAUCACAUUGUAUACUUGGACAAUUGCACGGCAUUCUAUAUUACUUUUUUUUUGUUGGUU